AGGAAGGGAGGAAAGGAGAGAGAAAAUAAUGGAAGGAAAUGAGCAUAUUUAGACAGUACUCUAUGUGCCAAGCACUGUGCUAAGCAGUUUGACACUGUUUUCUCCUUUGAUCCUCGCCCUGGGAGAUGAGUCCCAUCAUCAUCCCAAUUGAAAAUGAUUCUGUCCGAGGUAAAUGGCUUGCCUGGAGUCAUCCAGUUAGUCUGAGGCUAAAUUUGAACUCAGAUCUACCUGACUUCGGGUCGAGUGCUUAACACACAUUCAUUAUUUACAAAAAGAAAUAAAAAAGCUCUUUGUAAAAACUCAGCCCACUAAACAAAAAUAAAUACCCCCCACCCCCACCCCUGCGUCUCCUCUUCUUCCCCGCCCCAGCCCAGCCCGUGGCCAGGACCAAGGCCACCUCCCUUGGCCAGGACCAAGGCCACCUCCCUUGGCCCCAGCCCUGGCAGUGAGCAGUCCCCGGCGCGGCCUCUGCCUCCCUCCCUGCCUGCCUGCCUGCCUGCCUCCUCCCUCCCUGGGUGUGUGUCUGUGUAUGUGUACGUGUGUGUGUGUGUGUGUGUGUCUGCGCCGCCGUGGAGCCGUAGUCGAUUGCGGCAGAUUUUUGUCCCUCCGCGCUCGCCCUCUCUCCUUCUCUCCCCCCGCCCAGCCCCCACCCCCGGCGGCGGCGACUCCAGACUGCAGCCCCCCACCCGUUCCUUCCCUCUUCCCUCGGCAAGCUCGCAGCGGCAGCAGCGACAGCGGCUGUGGCAGAGGCUCCUGUGGCUCUUCAUUCUCCUCAUCCUCCUCCUCCUCCUCCUCGCUCUUCUCCUCCUCCUCCUCCUCCUCGCCCUCCGCCUCCUCCUCCUCGCUCUCCUCCUCCUCCUCCUCCUCGUCUUCCUCGUCGUCGUGUGGGGGAGGCGGCGGCGGCGGCGGCGAGAUGCACCCGAGCGCGCCGAGCUACCCCACAGCCUCGCUGUACGUGGGGGACCUGCACCCGGAGGUGAGCGAGGCGAUGCUGUACGAGAAGUUCAGCCCGGCCGGGCCCAUUCUCUCCAUCCGUGUCUGCAGGGACAUGAUCACCCGGCGCUCCCUGGGCUACGCCUACGUCAAUUUCCAGCAGCCGGCGGACGCGGAGCGGGCCCUGGAGACCAUGAAUUUCGAUGUGAUCAAGGGCAAGCCGGUGCGCAUCAUGUGGUCCCAGCGGGACCCGUCCCUGCGCAAAAGCGGUGUGGGCAACAUCUUCAUCAAGAACCUGGACAAGUCCAUCGACAACAAGGCCCUCUUCGACACCUUCUCGGCCUUCGGUAACAUCCUCUCCUGCAAGGUGGUGUGCGACGAGCACGGCUCCAAGGGCUACGGCUUCGUGCACUUCGAGACCCGCGACGCGGCCGAGAGGGCCAUCGACAAGAUGAACGGGAUGCUGCUUAACGACCGCAAGGUAUUCGUGGGCCGCUUCAAGUCCCGCAAGGAGAGGGAGGCCGAGCUGGGGGCGCGGGCCAAGGAGUUCACCAACGUGUACAUCAAGAACUUUGGGGAGGACAUGGACGACCUGCGGCUCAAGAGGCUUUUCGGAAAGUUCGGGCCCGCCCUGAGCGUCAAAGUCAUGACGGACGAGAGCGGGACGUCCAAGGGCUUCGGCUUUGUCAACUUUGAGAGGCACGAGGACGCCCAGAAGGCCGUGGAGGAGAUGAACGGCAAGGAGCUGAACGGCAAGAAGAUCUACGUGGGCCGCGCGCAGAAGAAGGGGGAGCGGCAGACGGAGCUCAAGCGCAAGUUCGAGCAGCUGAAGCAGGACAGGAUCACCCGCUACCAGGGGGUGAACCUGUACGUCAAGAACCUCGACGACGGCAUCGACGACGAGCGCCUGCGCAAAGAGUUCUCCCCCUUCGGCACCAUCACCAGCGCCAAGGUGAUGAUGGAGGGGGGCCGCAGCAAAGGCUUCGGCUUCGUCUGCUUCUCCUCGCCCGAGGAGGCCACCAAAGCCGUCACGGAGAUGAACGGCAGGAUCGUGGCCACCAAGCCCUUGUACAUCGCGCUGGCCCAGCGCAAAGAGGAGCGCCAGGCCCACCUCACCAACCAGUACAUGCAGAGGAUGGCGAGCGUCCGGGCCGUGCCCAACCCCGUCCUCAACCCCUACCAGCCUCCCUCGGGCUACUUCAUGACCGCCAUCCCCCAGACUCAGAACCGGCCGGCCUACUACCCGGCCAGCCAGAUGGCUCCGCUCAGGCCGAGUCCUCGCUGGACCUCGCAGGGCGCCAGGCCUCAUCCGUUCCAGAACCUGCCCGGGGCCAUCCGCCCAGCAGCCGCUCGGCCACCCUUCGGCUCCAUGCGGCCCACAUCCUCGCAGCUGCCGCGGGGGGUGGGGGCCUCCCAGCGCAUCGUCAACAGCUCCACUCAGGCCCUGGGGCCGCCCCUGGGGGCCUCUGCAGGGGCUGCCGGAGCUCCCGGUGUCCGGAUGGGCCCACAGUACAAGUAUGCAGCGGGGGUUCGCAACCCGCAGCAUCAUGUCAACGUCCAGCCCCAGGCCAGAGUGCAGCAGCCUGCCGUGCACGUGCAAGGCCAGGAGCCUCUGACGGCCUCCAUGCUGGCGGCGGCUCCUCCUCAGGAGCAGAAGCAGAUGCUGGGGGAGCGGCUGUUCCCGCUCAUCCAGGCCAUGCACCCGAGCCUGGCCGGCAAGAUCACCGGCAUGCUGCUCGAGAUCGACAACUCGGAGCUCCUGCACAUGCUCGAGUCCCCGGAGUCCCUGCGCUCCAAGGUGGAUGAAGCCGUGGCGGUCCUGCAGGCCCACCAGGCCAAGGAGGCCGCCCAGAAGGCCGUGAAGAGCGCCGCCGCCACCAACGUGCCAGCCGUUUAGGGGGGAAGCCCGAGCCUGUGCUUCCCCUGCCGAAAACCCAGCAUUGUGAACUUUGCCAAAUGUGAACUCGAGGAGAACUGGAGGACUGUGGACUCUGUACCGGGCGGCGCGGGGCUGGGCCUCCGCUACUGCUUGAUCGACUGACUGACUGACUGACCGACUGACUGAGUGCUGGAGCGAUUGCUUGGGGGGGGGAGAGGAAGGGGGGGAGAGAGACAGAAAGAGAGAGAGACAUUGAGAGAGGGAGAGAGAGACAGAGAGAGACAGAGAGAGAGGAGGGGAACCGGCAAAACGGGAAAACUCUAAAAACCAGUUCAUGUUCUACGGGGGGGGGUGGGGGCGGGGGGGGGCAACACUGUACAAAGUGUCACGUGUUCCUUUCUUUCAGGUUGUCGUUGUUUACUCCGGAGAAGCUCCGAGCUUCUGGCGCCGCUCUUUAGCUAGCAGAGCCCGAGCUGAGCCAGGGAACUGUGCUUGGAUUGUCAAAUUCGUGCUUUAAUAAAGUCUUUAAACUGUG